AUGUCUCACCUCCGCUACUACGCUUACGAAGGUGUCGGCCAGAGGAAUUUGAAGAACUUUGGCUACAACCAAGCCGUUCGUGUGGGCGACAAGAUUGAAUGCGCCGGCCAAGGCGGAUGGGACCCCAAGACUGGCGAGUUCUACAGGGAAAUCAACGCGCAGAUCGACAGGGCCUUUGAAAAUGUCGAACUCAACCUCAAGGACGCCGGCGGCAAGGGCUGGGAGCAGGUUUACAGGGUCAAUUCUUACCACGUGCCGAUCAACGACGAGGCGUUGCAGGCCAUGGUGAGGAAUUUCAACAAGUGGAUGCCCAACCACAAACCGAUCUGGACGUGUGUCGGAGUGACGCGGCUCGGGGAGGACGACAUGAGGGUUGAGAUUGAGGUUGUCGCGCAUGACCCAGAGGGAGCGGCCAAGGCGGCGGCGUCUUCAUGA